UCUCCAAAAGCUGGGAAAGCCGGGAGCUGUUUCUUUCAUAGUUUUCAUCUACCGUCGAAGCUCUCAAACCUCAGCUGCCAUGGCGUCGAUCCCCCGAUUCGAACCGGUUAUGUUAUUGCUUUUCAUGCUUCUUUCUACGGCACUCGCUAUUUCAUCUGGUUCUGGUGAUGGGUUCACCAUCAAUGGUCGAGUGAAGAUCCCCCAAGGUCUGGGUACAAAAGGGUUUGCUUUGCCUGGAAAAAUGUCAAAUGUCAAAGUUAUACUCAAUGGUGGCCAAAACGUUACUUUUCUGAGACCUGAUGGAUAUUUUUCAUUUCACAAUGUGGCAGCAGGGACUCAUUUGAUUGAAGUGGCUGCGAUAGGCUAUUUCUUUUCUCCAGUUAGAGUUGAUGUUAGUGCUAGAAACCCAGGCAAGGUACAGGCAGCAUUGACGGAGAGCAGGAGGGGUCUCAGUGAAUUGGUUCUAGAGCCAUUGAGAGAAGAACAGUAUUAUGAGAUUAGAGAACCUUUCUCCAUAAUGUCUAUUGUGAAAAGCCCAAUGGGUCUCAUGGUGGGAUUUAUGCUGGUUGUGGUGUUUUUAAUGCCCAAAUUAAUGGAAAACAUGGAUCCUGAAGAAAUGAGGCGAGCACAAGAAGAAAUGAGAAACCAAGGGGUUCCCUCUUUGGCUAGCUUGUUACCAGGAGGCGGUAGGAGUUAAGUAUUUGAGCUGGAACCAUGAACUUUAUGUUCAGCAUUCGGGAGGAGAGGCCCGAACAAUGUUGUCAGAGGGCUCCAUUCUGUCAAGCUGGAUGAUCUUCUACACUAAUACCCAUUGUUUUACUGCUGAAGGAAUGGAUACCCUUCCACUCCUUGGGGCAUCUCAGAAGAUUAUAUGGUUUUACCUUGUAGAACACAUUCGGGGAUUUAACUUCUGUUAACAUCUAUUCAUUUUGAUGCUCUGAUGUCGAAAAGAAGUCUAUUAAUUUUGUUAUAGACCAUCAUGAUUUUUGUUUGCUUGAAGAG